AUUGGCUCUGGCAAAGAUAAGAUGCUGACUGCUUACCCCCAGAAUAAGACCUACUUCUCCCACUGGGCUGACCUGAGCCCCGGCUCUGCUCCAGCCAAGAAGCAUGGAAUCACCAUCAUGGGUGCAAUUGGUAAUGCUGUCGGGACAAUGGACAACCUCGUCGGCGGACUGAGUGCUCUGAGCGAUCUGCACGCUUUCAAGCUACGUGUUGACCCUGGAAACUUCAAGAUUCUGUCCCACAACAUCCUUGUGACCCAGGCUGUUCACUUCCCUGCGGAUUUCACUACCGAAGUGAACAUUGCUGUGGAUAAAUUCCUUGCAGCCUUGUCCACUUCCCUGGCUGACAAAUACAGAUAA